CCCCCUCCUCCUCCCCCUCCCCCUCCCCCCCUCCCUGCACCUCUUCCCUCUCCACCUACUCCUAGGCAGAGCAUGUCUUGGUCCUACUGCCCACCUGGCCUACAGGGUUUCGCCCUGUACGCCUUUGUGCCCGAGGGCACUCCUUCCAGCACCUCGGCGCCCCCGAGCGCCGGCGGCGCCAGCUCCAGCUCCGCGGCCGCCGGUGGCGCCAGCGGCGCUGCCUCGAAGGACAAGCAGCCGACCGACCCCUUCGUUCGCGCGCAGAUCUCCCUUGACGUUGGCGAUGCGGUUCUCAUUGAGCAGGAGUGCGCCGGCUGGUACCUCGGUUCGUUGCUCUACAACCGCCAGGUCCGCGGCAUCUUCCCCGCCUCCUACAUCAUGCUGAAGCCGGAUGACGACACAGCCAAUGUCGAUCCCCUUCUGGAGGAGGCGGUUGAGAUGGUCCGCCAGUGGAACCAGAACAUCCGGACUUACCUCAUGAAGCAGCGCUACGACAUGUACAAGCGCAUGAAGUCGAUUGUGGCCGGCCUUUUGAAGGACAGUCACAAGCUGAUGAUGCAGAACUUGCCUCAGGAGGAGUUGCGCAAACUCCGGCAGAACAUGAUCAACCGCAUUGACAUGGGCCAGAAGAUCCAGGGGCUGGACAUUGUCGUGCGCAAUGACCAUGGCAUCGCCCUGGAUUGCCGCAAUGCCACGGUCACCGACCUGUACCAGCGCUACACGGACUUCACUCGCAGCGACACCGACGGCAAGUCCGCCGGCAGCGCCAUCACCUCGCACCAUCUGCUGAUGAAGUUCGGCGCCUGUAUCGCCCAGUUGUGUGGCCCCGGCGAGACGGCCGAGAUCUUCUUCUCCCUCUACAACCACGCUACCAAGAGCUACCUGACCGAGAACUACUACAUCGUCCUCACGCAGAAUGGUAUGCCGGUGGAUGAGACCAAGAUCAACCAGCUCAGCACCCUCUUCGUGGAUCUUCCCCCGCUGUCGCCCACCGACAAGAUCUACCUCGUGUGCAAGAUCAUCCGCGUGGGCCGCAUGAGCGUCACCCAGUCCGACAAGGACCGGUCCUUCUUCCGCCGGCCCUUCGGCUGUGCCACGCUCAAUGUCGAUGAGAUCCUGGCCGGCAAGAUCAUCGACCCGGAGAAGGACUACGUCAUCCACAUCUAUGUGGCCAACAAUGAGGACGAGUUCCACCAGCUGCCCGAUAACAUCAUCAGCAUGAAUGGCCAGUACCAGUCGAUCCCCACGGCGCAGGCCAUCUCCGUGUCCUUCCGGCUGUUUGGCGGCGACCUGGCCGGGCUGCUGGCCAGUGACACGGCGCCGAUUCUCUCCGGGGUGGAGUUCACCCGGCGCAUUGGCUUCCCGGAGGUCAUCCUGCCGGGCAACCAUCGCAAUGACCUGUAUCUGAUGCCGUUGCAGGGCGAGUUCGGCCAGGGCCGCAAGACCACCGCUCGUAAUGUGGAAUUCUCCCUGACCGUGCGCAGCAACUCCACUGGCAGCGUCAUCCCCAAGUGCAUUUCCAAGGGGUCCGGCGAGCCGCUGGUGUCGGAGUUCGUGUCGACGGUGCUCUACCACUGCAACACUCCCCGGUACACGGAUGUCAUUCGCCUGGAUGUGCCGAUCGAGCUGUACAAGGAUGUCCAUUUGUUCUUCCUCUUCCGGCACUGCUCCAGCAGCGACAAGGAUGACCGGACCGAUCGGAACUUCGCCUUCGGCUUCCUGCCGCUGGUCACCCCGGAGGGCACGGUCCUCAAGGACAACCGGUACCCCCUGCAGCUGCUGGAGUGGGACAAGAAGCUCAAGCCGCAGCAGUCCUCCCUGGCGGAUACCCUGCCCUCGCAGUAUAUGCACAUCACGCCGGAGCGUGCUCUGGCCGAUCCCAAGGGGACUCGCCUGCUCCGAGACAAUCUGACCAUCCAGCUGAGCCUCUGCUCCACGAAGCUGGCCCAGAAUGUGGAGUUGCUGAAGCUCCUCUCCUGGAAGGCUUCCCGCACGGCGGACGAGGUGAAGGCCGUGCUGGUCGGCAUCAAGCGCCUGGUGGAGCAGGAUAUCAUGCGCUUCUCGCAGGACAUCUUCGAUGCCCUCUUCGCCAUCCUGGACUCUCGCUUCAAUGAUGAUGGCGCCCUGGACAUGGAUGUCUUCCGGGCCUUCCUCUUCAUCAUCAACUUGAUGACGGAUCCCCGGAGCCAGGACAAGUUCCGGCCGGUGUUGGAUUGCUAUGUGUCCAUGCAUUUCUCCUCGGCCAUGGCCUACAAGCAUUUGGCAUCGGCCCUGUGCAAGCUGCUGGCCCUUCUCCAGGCCCCGGCCGGGAUGGAUCGCGACCGUGGCCAGACGCAGUCCAUGCUGCAGACGGCCUUCUCCGGGCUGCAGGUCAUCUUCAAGUUCAUCGUCCAAUCGCGUGUGCUCCAGCGGAACCAGGAUCGCCGGCCUUCGGCCAUCGCCGCCUCGGAUCGCAUGUUCCGCACCGAAAUGACCAAGCUCUUCGAGGACCUGGUGUCCCUGCUGCGCCAGCCCUCCAGCGAUCCAUCGGCCCAGGCCGUCCUCGAGGCGCAGACCCAGCUCCUGGCCAACUUCCCCAAGUGCCUGCCGGAGUUGAUGCGGGUGUAUGAUCUGUCGGAGUUGGCCCAGCUGACCCGGCAGUUCUUGACCGGGUCUUCCUCCCGCCAUCCGGCCAUCGUGGCGGCCAAGAUGUCCAUGAUGCGGGCCCUGGUCAAGUCGACGCUCUUCUCGCAUGCGGCCGCGCGUCAACCCCUGACCGCGCUCAUCAUCAGCCAGCUGAUGGAGCAGAUGCUGGACAACAAUCGCGAAGACAUGGCCCACGCCAUCAGCACCCUGGGCGACAUUCUGAACACCAUUCAGGGCCCGGCUGGGGGUGGUAGUGGCGCGGGCCCGAUGGCCGGCGCCGGCGCCCCCGGCGCCACCACCACCACCACCGCCGCCGCCGCCGCCGCCAAUACCCUUACUCCGGGCGAUCUGAACGCCAACGAUGAGGCCAUGCAGGACAUCCUUCUGCUGGUUCCCUGCCUCAUCAGUGCCUAUGAGGAGUUGAUUGCCGAGGUGAUGGGCGGCUCGGCCGGGCCCGAUGCUGGCAAUGCCGCGGCGGCGGCGGCCGGUGCCGGUGCCGGUGCCGGCCCCGGCCCCGGCGCUCUGGGGGGCAUGAACCUGUCGGAGCGCAUUUCCGCCCUGACCAUCACGGCUGGCCCGUCGGCGUCGGCUGCCUCGGCCCGGUCGGAGGCCGCGGCCGCCAAGGCCACGACCAGCGACUCGCAGCGUCUCCUCCGGGACCUGGUGGUCACAUUGCUGGCCAUCUUCUAUGUCACCCCGCCGGCCAUCCUGUCCAAUUGCCUGUCCACCCGGCUCAAUCCGUCGGAGGCCACCAACUACCUGCAGUCGCUGAUCGGCGUGUCGCUGUCCAUCCUUUCGCACGAUGUGUUCCCCUCGCAGUGGGCCGCCAUGCAGAUGCUCAUUUGCCGUGUGAUCAUCAAGAUCGCGGCCAUCCUGUCGCCGAUCUUGCAGGCGCGCCUGCAGCACUCCUUCGAGGCCGAGCUCUGGCAUGACUACCUGCUGCUGCUGUCGCGUCUGGUUACCUCGCCGCAUUUGGAGCUGGAGGCCUUCUCCGUGACCAAGGAGCGCCAUGUGCGCCGGGCCUAUGGCGACCAGCGUCUGGAGAUCAUCUCUUUGCUGACCCGGACCUGGGACUUCCUCGGGGCCCCGCGCCAUGGGGUCUUCGCUCUGACCCUGGUGGGUCCGAUGUUGGAGAUUACCACCAUGCGCCUGCCUCCGGCCCGGACUUUUGCCAUCCAGGCGAUUGCCUCCAUUUGCCGGCAGUUCUUCGAGGUGCACCGGUCUCUGCGGCAGAUUGAGCUCGAGUGUGUGGAUCGCAUUGACAAGCUCAUUUCCGACGGUCGUGCCGAUCACGAUGGCGACGGCUACCGGGGGUUCAUUGUUUCGGCCAUUGAUGCCGUGUGUGCCGGGGCUCCGGCGGACUUCCGUGCUUCGUUGGAGCACCUGCUCCGGUCGUGGGACAGCCAUUUGGCCCUCCUGCUGAACCUGCGCUCCAUCCCGGACCUGGUGGAGUAUGAGGACGAGCGCAUCCAUGGGAUCAUGAAGCUCAUGGAGUUCAUUCGCCAGUCCGAUCGCCAUGAGACCUACAUCCGGUAUGUGCACCAGCUGGCCGAGCUCCAUGUCAAGUCGGGCAAUUACACCGAGGCGGCCUUUGCCCUGUGCCUGCAUGCGGAUAUGCUCACUUGGGACAACCGGCCGGAGGCCACCCUGGAUGCGGUGGUGGACUUCCCGGCGCAGACUUCCUUCGAUCGGAAGGAGGCUCUCUACAUGAAGAUCUGCGACUACCUGGACAAGGGCAAGAACUGGGAGGACGCCAUUGCCCGGUCGAAGGAGCUCAUCCAGCACUAUGAGGCCGGUGUCCGGUAUGAUUACAAGAAGAUGUCGGUGGUGCUGUCCAAGCAGUCGGUGUACUACAUGAACAUCCUCAUGCGGGAGCGCUUCGCCAAUGAGUACUUCCGUGUGGGCUUCUACGGCUUGGGCUUCCCGCCGUCGUUGCGCAACAAGCAGUUCGUCUAUCGUGGUGAUGAGCUGGAGCGUCUGUCCUCCUUCAAGGACCGCAUCCAGGACAAGCACCCGGUGGCCGAGGUGCUGAACACCAAUGCCGCCCCGGGGCCGGACAUCACCAACUCCACCGGGCAGUACAUCCAGAUUGUCAAGGUGGACCCGUCCCCCGACCGGGCUGGCAACCCGCUCCUUUCGAAUCCCGACGUGCCGGAGUACAUCAGCAAGUACUACGAGACCAAUGCCGUGUCGAUGUUCUCCUUCUCGCGGCCCUUCAAGAAGUUCAAGACCGGCAACGAGUUCCUGGACCUCUGGACCGAGCAGACUCUCCUCUACACGGAGUAUGUCUUCCCGUGUGUGCUGCGCCGGGCGGAGAUCCUGCGCGUGGAGGUCAUCGAGCGUAGCCCCAUCGAGAAUGCCAUCAAGAACAUGGCCACCAAGAACAAGGAGCUGCGUUCCUUCUUCGUCAAGUACACCGAAAACCCCGGGGCCAACUGCAAUCCCUUCACCAUGUGUCUCAGUGGGACGGCCGAUUCCCCGGUCAAUGGUGGUGUCGGGUCCUACCGGACGACCUUCUUCUCGGCCGAGUACAUCGCGGAGAAUCCCACCCACGGGGAGUUCGCGUCGACCUUGCGCCAGCUGAUCGACGACCAGGUGGUGGUGGUGGAGCAGUGCAUCCAGCUCCAUGCGCAGAUUGUCCCGGAUCAGAUGGUCCCCCUGCACCAGCAGAUCAUUGUCAACUUCGAGAAGAACUUCUCGGAGGAAAUCUCGCGUCUGCUGCCGGGCCGGCCGCCGGGUGGUGGCCCCGCCUCGCAGCCGGGCGGUGCCCUGCCGACCGGCUUUGCCGGUGCCAUGCCUCUGGGAGGUGCCGGCGCCGGUCACCAGCCCUCCGAGUCGAUGGUCCUGGCCGGCGGCAUGUUGCCCCCCGGGGCCUCGGGCGCCGGCAUGGUUACCAGCCCCACCAGUGCCACCGGGCCCGGUGGUGGUGGUGGUGGCGGCGGCGGCGGCGGCGGCGGCGUCGGGCACUUGCCUCCGGCCAGCCCGUCGCUCUCGCGCUCUGGCAGCCUCGUAGGCGUGGCCCCCCCGGCGCACCUGGCCGGCCGGCCGCUGAGCACCAUCAGCACCAGCUCGGUCGGGUCGUCUGGGUCCUUGACGCCGGCGGUGUCGAUGGCACCUGCUCCGGCCCCGGUGCCGGGGUCGGCGGCGUCUGUCCCGCCGCCGCAGCCCCUGUCGCCGGCCCUGCCGCAGCCGCUGGCGUCUGGCGUCCCGCCUCCGGCGUCGAUUGCCUCGCCCGCGGCAUCGGCCACCGGUGUGGCUUCCCCCCCGCCGCCCAUCACCCUGCCUGGGCAGCCGCUGCCGGGUGGGCCUGGCUCGCCGGCUGGCGCGCGCGCUCCCCCGCCGAAGCCCGGCGUCCUGGGCGCCGCGGCUGGCGAUGCGUCGGAUGGCCUGCCGCCGGUGGCUGCUCGGCCGUCGCCGGCGGCCAAGCCCCGCUCCCUGGUGGCUGGCAUCACCGCGCGCUUCAACAAUCCCAACUAAUUGUGCUUGUUGCCUGGCUUUUGUUGCCCCCUUUCGACUGGGCCUUCCUCCCUCUUCUCCCUUCCCCCGGUGUUUCAUUCUCAUGUGUGUCUCGUCCACUCCCCUCUAUGACAGGGGGGGGGGGGAGGACAAUGUGGUCUGUUCCUCAGCCCGAAAGUGGCCACGCAAGGCCCCUCUCCCCCCCCCCUCUCCCCCAUCAGCAGCCACAAAGAGAGAUGUCCAAAAUACACCCUUUUUUUGCCCCCACCAACA